GCGGUCUUUAGUAUUUGAAAACAAUAGCGGUACAUCACUUCAAGUGGUUAAGGCACACAACUAAGGAUAAAACAUAAUUACUGCUGGCUAACUGCAUAUGCAAACGUUAUUUAUGAAUGAACUACAGUAUGUUUCUGCAAGACAGUCCUCAGUCGUCGCCUUCGUAGCUAGCCUCGGUUAAAGGUUACCCACAGCUUUCUGCACGGUCUCUCUGUAUAUCGGGAAUAUGCUGAAACUCGACCAAAGGCAAUUUCUACUGCGAUAACGUUGGUCAUGGAUCGAAAGACGAGGAGGCUCGAAAAUCAGCUUUGUAAAGCUGUGAACGAUGGAGAACCGAGAUCUGUGCUGCUGCUUCUCUCACAAGGCGCAUGCCCAGACCUGGUGGGCAGUAAAGGGGUGGCUGCAGUACACUUGGCUGCUGGCAAAGAGACUGAGAAGAACACACGCUGUUUGAAGAUGUUGCUGCGAUAUGGAGCAGACCCCAAUAUCAGGUCAUCAGAUGGCCUGACUCCUCUUCACAUUGCUGCACUUUGGGGAUGUUAUCAAAAUCUGAAGCUGCUCCUGAUGAAUGGAGGGAACCCGAACAUUAAACAUAAAGAAGGGAACACACCAGGGCAGCUUGCAGAUCAACAGGAGAAUCGAAAAUGUGCCCAGCUCCUUCAGGACUACCAGUUUAGCUCAGUGGACACAGAGGAAGAUGAGUUACCUCAAUUCCAAUACCAAUACUCUGUGUAUUCAGACCAAACAGACACGUCCAGCUAUCCUGAAUCGGACCACAGCUUCAGUUCCCACUCUUCUAUGAUAAGUGACUUUGGUGAAGCCCCAUUGAGCAGCACAAGGCGCUCAUCAUUUUUCGAUCUCUCGAACAAUAAUGGAAGGCCAGUUUGCAGUGGAGCAUCGUAUAACAGACAUUUUGAUAAGGAGAUUAAGAAGCAUCACGGCCCGGACUGGAACAAUGCCGCCUCACAUUGGGCAUCUGAAGGUCCCUCCAUACUAUCAAGCACUCGCAUGUCUGCAGUGGGAACUGCAGCUGCAAUGCCCAAUCUUAAGGAGGAGGAUUUGUGUUCUGAUGAUGAUGUGUUCGGAUCACAAGCAAAUGAACAUGCGCCUACAACUGAUUGCAGAAUCUUCCCCUCUAGAAGAGACACUCUCCCAGCUUUUCCCUGCAGGCGAGCAAGUCGCAAGAGUGUGAGUUUCAGAGAUGUUGAUGAAUAUUUCCCUGUUUUUAUUCCUCAAUCUCCCUCACAGCAGCCUGGUGGUGAUGGCAGUCCGUGCAUCAGCAACUUACCCUUUGACAUGUCUGAGUACUCUGACUUCCUGGAUUCCGAACGUAUGGCCACCGUUUUACAGAAGCAGGGCAUCGACGUCACAUCACCAGAUCACGUUUAUGUUUUCUGCAGAGAGAGCAGUGAAAGCCCAGAAGAGGACAUGGAGAAAACGGUCAUCAAUCACUGUGCUCUGGCAGAGAGUGAUGAUGACCAGGACAAAGAAUAUGUAAAAGAGGCUCAGGUGAAUAUACUGGAACAGCCAGUCCUUUCUUAUGUUGGUGACAGCAGCAGUGGGUCUGGUAGUAGUUAUUAUAGUAGCUGCGAGAGCGAACAUUACACGAGUGCACUGGAUGCUUCUAUACGCCCCAGACAUAUUUUACUCCCCGCUGUAAAAGGAGGUUCUCUUGCGGCAGAAUCCGACACAAAGAUUACAAUUUCUUCGGACUCUGAUUCUGAAUUUGCAAGGCAAGACUGGACUUCACCACCGGUUCAAACAGAACCACAGAUGGAUUCAAAACCUGAAACUAAAGAGCAUGUACAGGGUAUGUUUGACAAACUGUUGUCUGAGACACACCUAAUCAAUGAUUUGUUUGAACCUUGCAGUCGUCAUGUUCUUGACACUUCAAGUGAACGUGGUGUUAAUCAGCCUUUGGCAGACAUCCUAUUGCAUGAUGCUAGUGAGGCAUUCCAGGAAAACGUUAACCUUCCAUUCACACCAAGUCCUUUUGUAACAGGCAGGACUCGCUCGAGGUUGAGUCGCUGCUCACUGAGAACUAGCCGGCCCUCCGAGAGCCUCUUCAUCACGUCUUCUUUGUUUGAAAGGACCCUCCCCACAGCAGUCCGAACACGCCGCCAGACACCCAGGUCUCAGAGCAGUGAAGAUAUGUACAGUUCACCACAUGCGGCUUGUUAUCCACCAUCUUAUUCAGAGAAUGAUACAGUAGGAGGAGACAUGUUUCCUGCUGAUCGCAAGGACAUGCAGUCCAGCACCCUAAGUGCUGGUUCAAGUGUUAGCAAUAGCCAAGCUGACACGCUCAUUCUCUCCCAGAGUGUCACUGAUUCUGCUUCUGAAUCGCAGACUUUGUCUGACACAGUAAUACUGGAGGAAAACCAGGACUCUUCAAUGAAUGCUUAUGAAAGAAACCUUGCAGAGGUUAUACUGGCCAUGCAAGGCCACGAUCUUGCUGAAGCAAGCGAUUUUCUGACUGAUCUGACAAGUACAGAUGAGGCAACAACAAAGAAUCACGUAAAUGAUGCUCCUGGUAAGGACAAACUAGAUAGCCUCAAAAAUGAUGUCUGGAACACUGACGACUCCAGUUCUGAGUCUGUCUCAUCUUCAUCCAGCUCCACCUAUUUUUCCCCAAGGAGGUCCAGAGAAGAGUCCGACCUUCCUUGCACUCCAGGCACCGGAUGCACCCCCAGGUACAGCAUGAGCCGACUGUCCAGCUGCCACAGGCCUCAGCACCUGGCUAAACUGUCUUACACCCCCGGAGGGCGUCCGCUCAUUCAAGAUCUGGAUGAACCGGUGGAGUACCUCUACACUGAUUCGGAACAGGGCCACAAGCUCAUCGAGACCCAUGUCCCACCUACAUCAAACACCUCUCUCAGCUCCAGCAUGAGUGCUAGUAGCAGCGAGGAAACCAUCCUUUAUGACUGGCGCUCCAUGCAGACGGACAUGGUGAAGGAAGGAAAAGAGAACCAGACGCCCCAGAUGGUGCUAAAAGAGGAAGAAAAGGAUGAAGACCUGCUGUUGCAAGAGACACGAGGGAUGACGGACAAGGAGCUGAGAUUGAGGCUACUAGAGCUCGGGGAGAGCCCGGGCCCAAUCAGCCGCCGUACCAGGCCCACUUACAUGCGAAGGCUCUGUCGCCUGGUGCAGGAGUCAAACUCCCAAUCACCACAGCCCCAGAGGAAGUUGGACCCGCCCCACAUAGGUUAUAGUCCAGAAUUGUGUCGGGCCCUGCGGACCUUCGAGCUGCCUGAUUGCCAAGUUGAUGAGCACGCAUUGUGCCAGCAGUUUGACCAGCCAGACCAAAACAGGAAGUGGAGGGAGGGCAUCAUCAAGUCCAGCUUCAACUACCUGCUGCUCGACCCGAGAGUGACGAAAAACCUCCCGUUUCGCUAUCACACCAUGACUGCACAGGAAUGUUUUCAGACAUUUAUCCACGCUAUAUUUUAUGUGGGCAAAGGGAAACGCUCUCGCCCCUACAGCCACCUGUAUGAGGCUUUAGAGUACUUCAAAGGAGACAAGACUUCCAAGAAUUUGUGCCCCAAAGUGCAGCAUAUCCUUCAGGUGUGGAAUGCCGGGCAAGGCGUCAUCUCUCUGCAUUGUUUCCAGAAUGUCAUUCCAGUCGAGGCUUACACAAGAGAGGCCUGCAUGGUGGAGGCCAUCGGACUGAAAAUGCUCACCAAUCGAAAGCGAGGAGAUUUUUAUGGCGUGGUGUCCAACUGGCAGGCGAAGAAGAAACGGGAGCUUGGCGUCCACCUGCUCUACCGCGCAAUGCAAAUCUUUCUGGCGGAGGGUGAAAGACAGCUCAGACCAGCAGACAUCAGACGGUAGUGACUCCCACUGGAGGGGUGUACGAACAGCAGCACAAUGCCGGUGCACAAAGGAGGCCAGACUAAUAGCUCAGGGUACAACGUCGUUAUUUUUGAAAAAUGUUGCACUCACGAUUUAGGUGGGGUUUACAAAAUCAAGCUCUUUGGAGCUCUUACCCACAAUGUAAUUGUCUUUCUGCUAUACAUACACUGAUAUUUCAAUCCUACAGCAAUUUACCGCUAGUUAUGAUCACCUCAUUUGUUAUUGUUGUCCUUUUUAAAUUAAGUCCACUUUUGAAAACGUGUUUUGUAUAAAAUCAAAACUGCCAUUACAUUGGUUUUAAUCAUCUGCCCAGAUGUGACGCAACUAAUGGUUCCUCAAAACACUUAAAUGGUGGAAUAGUUUAUAAAUAAAAUAUAUGGGGUUAAUGAACAUGAACACAAUCAAAGUUGGGAGACUGCAGGUCUUUUAGAAGGCACCACAAAUAAGCUAGGUUGCAAAAACAUUCUCUCCAGACAGAACAUUGGUUCUCUGUGGUACUCAUCAGUUUCAAAUGAUUCCACAACACAUUCAAAGGCAUUUCCGUGUAAUUAAAUUAACUUGUGUCACAUUGCACGAAAACAAUUUAAUUCAGAAAAAAGCUUUGAAAAUCUGUGGGAGUGUUAUUUAAAAAAAAAAGCCUGGUAGAUAUUCAUGUACUUUUUGUAGUGUUCAAAUGUAUUUGAUGUUAAGUUUAGCAGAGGCUGGCAACUAGUUCUUAGCAUUAUAGGUUUGAAUGGAUAAAUCAAUAAUGAAUAACGAGUGUUAGGAACUGUGCUUAGAUGGGUAGUAUUCCAUUUCUUUUGUUGUGCUACUUUGUUCUUGUUAAAAAUCUUCUUUGCAGGCCAGCCAAUGAUAUGAUCGUGUCCAAUGUGUGUGUUUGUGUAGACUAUUCUUUUAGAUGGGUCAUUACAAUGAGCUGUGUAGAACCGGAUGGUGAAGUUUGUCAUUAGUACAUUAGCACUUAAUAUUAAGGUAGUAGAAGAACUAGUGUGUCACAUCAUUGGGUUGCAGCUGUUAUUUGAUGCCGUAAUCUGCAUAAUUUUAAUUGCUAGUUAAAUUUAAAAGCCAUUUGUAAGUCACUUUUUUAUGAAAAUGUUACUCACCAUCUCAUGUUAUGAUCUACAGAUUUAUGUUCACCGUCAGCAGGCUUCAAGAUAAUGUAUUAUCUCCCUGGGUUAAUGCACUUGAUCAACUAGGAAAGGCAUUUCCUGCUGAAAAUGCGUUGGAUUGCUAACAUUUCAAAUUUUUAAGCUGAAAUCAAAAAGACAACAGCUAAACAUAGCUAGAAAUAGCUGAACAUAGUAGAAAAUAGAUGAAAAUUCCCAGUUAAAAAAAAAUCUAAGUAUUAGUAAAACAGCUUACUAAUUCACUUUUAAUUAUGAAAUUAUCUGUUUAUAAUAAUUAAACUAUACAAGCAUUAAUAAUACAAUGGUUAGUUGUGCACACACCUUUUCCUGUUAUACUAAAAAGGGGCCUCAUUGUGAGCCAUGUUUGAUUUACUGUCAAAAACGAAUGAUUGAUUAUUCAUUUAUGCAUACAUGUUGAGUGUUCUUUUCAUUAUGCUCCUUAACUUGCACUGUUACUGCUGUAUUUCCUUGCUUCUUUAUUUAGGACAGGUAAAAAUGUUUAAUGACAAACCUGAA